UUCCGUAUCACACAGGCAAGGAGAUGUCGCGCCUCUUGCUGCUGCUGCUGCUCGCAGGAUCCUACCUAGUUGUGGUCUGCGUGCCACAAGCCACGGCUGAAGACGACACCAAGCCGAUUGCACGAAACGCUUAUGACGACGCCGACGACUACUCUGAUGACCCUCUGUCAUAUCUGUUCCUUCGGGCGGGAGGUGGUGGAGAAGAGGAGGAGCCCAGUCUCAGCCAAAUCUUCGCCCUUAGAACGGUCAGCAGCGACGGCUCGUCGCCGGACGGAUCCGAGGGCACAAAUACUGAACAGGCGUCACGGAAAGGAGCAGCUGCACAUGCCGGCCUAGCCAGGACAGCGGCUCAUGCCAAAGCCAGGACAGCAGGCAAAGCCAGAACAGGAGACAAGAGUGCCGCCAAAGCUAGGACAGCUAUCAAGAAGGCUGCCGGGACACCCAACGAGUGA